CAACCCCACCAGCCAUGGGCAAGACCAGUGGACCAACGUCCAAGGUUGCCGCCAAGCGGGCACGGCGUGCAGCAGCGGCAGCAGCAGCCAAGAAAGCAUCCACAGCCUUUGAGACCCGCUCGGUCAAGACCAAGUUUGACGUCGUCGGCCAGCGUAGGGUCCCGGGCGCCACCACCCAGAACAUCGCCAUCUCGCGGACCCGUGGUCUGGAGAAGCGAAAGGAGACACUGGGAGUGGAGCUGGCGCAAAAGGACAAGCGGAAUGCGUUUAUUGAUCGGCGGUUUGGUGAGGAUGAUCCCUCGCUGAGCAAGGACGACAAGCUGCUGAUGCGGUAUCAGAAGGAGCGUCAGGCGAGGUCCAACCGCUCGCAGGCGUACAAUCUCAACAAUGAUGAUGGUGAUGAUGGUGAUGCCUACCUGGAUGAUGAGUUUGCUCGGAGGCUUGCUGGCGAGCUGCCUGUGGCUGACGACGAUGUUGACGUCCUGACACACGGCGGGCGGACGCUGGCGUCGACCCUUCUCGGCGAGGACGUCGAGCUGACACUGGAGAACGUGCAGAAGUUCAAGGACAGCAAGGACGCGGCCAAGCACGCGUUUGAGCUUGUGAUGGGCCUUGACGGCUUUGGCGACGACGACGACGACGACUCGUUUGGCGGCCUCCGCAAGACGGCCGAGUCGUCCUACGACGCCUACGAGAAGCGGCAGCAGGCCAUCCAGCGGGCGGUGGAAGCCAAGGCCCAGGCCGAGGCCGAGAACCCGUCAGCGUCCAAGUCAAAGCGCGAGAUCUACGCCGAGCUCAUUGCCAAGUCCAAGCUUUUCAAGAAUGAGGCGGCGCAGCUGAAGGCGCUGCAGGACGAGGUGACCGAGAAGCUCGAUGCCCAGUUUGACGCCGAGAUCUCGGACCUGCUCGCCGAUUCGAAACGCAAGAUCCUGACUCGUGAUGAGAAGCGGACGCUUAAGCGUGCCAUGGGCCACGACGAGUACGACUCUCUGCUCUCGGACCUGGCCAAGGACGAGCGGAUUCAGGCGUCGGACAAGCUCAAGACGCCCGAGGAGCUUGCGCGCAUCGAGCGCGACCGCCUCCGCAAGCUCGAAGCCGAGCGGGUGGCGCGGAUGACGCUUGGCGGCGGGUCGGACGAUGAGGGUGCGGCCAGCAAUGCCUAUGGCCUCGAGCCGGUCUUUGAGGCCGGCGACGACGACGCUAGCGUGGCAGGCAUGGAGGUCGAGACAGUGUCUGCCGCCGAGCUGGCGUCGAUGACACCGGCCGAACGGCGCGCUGUUGUCCGCAAGCAGCGCAAGGAACUGCGCAAGGAAAAGGCCCGCCUCCGGAUGGGCGAUGACAAGUAUCAGGAGCAGCUGGAUAAGCUCGCGGAAGCGCAGGCCAAGCGGGCUGCGGCGCGGCGGGCCGUGACCGGCGACGACAAGCUGGACAUCCGCCGCGAGGGACCUGGCACGGGCUCGGGCCUUGUCCACAAGAGCGAUCCGGCGGACGAGCCAGACGACGCGUCGAUGCCGUUUGUCUUUGACAUGCCUGACGACGAGGCUGGGCUCGCCAAGAUGCUUGCGCCGUACACGCCGCGCGACAUGGGCAUCAUCAUCCGCCGGCUCCGCAAGCUCAACGCAGUCGAGCUGGGCGCUAACGCGCGCGAGGCGCAGCAGAAGCUCUUCACGCUCCUCCUUGUCCACGCCGCCGCCGUCGGCUCGUCGCCUUCGGCCUGCACGCCCAAGGGCAUGGCGGUCCUCGACGUGCUCGCCGGUGCGGUCCACGACAUGGCGUCCGACCUCGGCCACCACGCGGUGACCACCGCCACGGAGCUCAUUGCCUCGCUGCAGUCAUCACUGGUGGCGCGGCCCGAUGCCGUCGCCGAGCCGGGUACUCUGCUGCUCAUCAAGCUCCUCGCGCGGGUCUUCCCGGUCUCGGACGCUCGGCAUUGUGUGACAACGCCGCUAGCGCUGCUCAUGGCCGAGAUGCUGACGCAGGUUGCGGCGACAACGGCGCCGCACGUCGCCGCCGGCCUCUUCCUCGCCGCAGAGGCCUUUACCUUUGUCGAGCCGGCGGCGCGGUUCAUGCCGGAGCCGCUCCUCUUCCUCCACGCAGUCAUUGCAGCUGUGAGCACGUCGCCGGGCGCGGCGCUCCCGUCACGGACGCCGCCGCCGCUCGCGGUCCUCCCGGCGCUGCUGGCCGUCCCUGCCGACGCCAGCCUGGCGGACAAGCCGGAGCCGCUGGACAUCUUUGCACUCCUUCGCGGCGAGACCGAGUGGUUGGCCAAGAAGAAGGCCAAGAAGGGAAAGACAGGCAAGAAGGGCAAGGCCAAGGCCAAGGCGGAGGCCGGCACCACCGCCGAUAGCCUCAAGGUGAGCAUGGCGUCGGCUGCCGUGGCGAUUCUCUCCAAGUACGCCGUUCUCUACACUUCGUACGAGGCAUACGAGUCUCUCUUCCGCCCGUUUGUGGCGCCGCUGGAGGCGCUUGCGGGCCGGAUGCCGGCGCUGUCGCCGGCCAUCACCCCGCUCGUCGAGCACAUCCGCAUCGUGUGCGAGGGCAUGGAGAAGUCACGCCGCCCACUCACGCUCCUCGCGCGCAAGGCCGCGUCGAUCUCCAUGUACACCCCGCUCUUCGAGGAAGAGUACAUGCCGACCAAGGACUACGACCCGGACAAGGUCCGCUCGGAGCUGCGCAAGAUGAAGCGCAAGAUCAAGGACGAGCGAAAGGGCGCCAUGCGCGAGCUGCGUAAGGACAACGCCUACCUCGCCGCCGAGGCCUCGCGCAAGCGCGCGCGUGACGAUGCCGAGUACCAGACCAAGAUCAAGGGUAUCUACGCCUCGCUCGAGUCGGAGCAGGCCGAGGCCAACAAGCUGGCUCGCAUGCAGGAGACCGAGCGCAAGAAGAAGAAGCGCAAGUUCCGGUAAAAGGCUGUGGAGUGUGCA